CCUUUUGCUCAGGCAUGUGCUGCAGUAUGUGAUCAAGUUUAUAAACUCAGCUAGCUAUUAAGGACACCACCUCCGACUGCAAUGGCUGCAACAGUACCCAGUCCAGAUCUCCAACUAGAUCUACCUGUGAGUGUGAGCCAACAGAAAGUAUACAGAGAACUGAUAUGCUCAGUAUGCAAUGGUUUCCUGCAAGAUCCCAGAAUGCUUCUUUGUGCUCACUCAUUCUGUGCAAACUGCCUGCUGCCUGCUGAAGAUGCAAUGUGCAAUCCUCUGAAGUUAGGGUGCCCAAUAUGUUUUCAGAUCACAAAGAUACAAGAUGUUAAUGAUCUUUUGGUGCCUUCAAAGUUUGCAGAAGUAAUCGAAACGCUCACCCAAGAAGACAAGGAACACACUAUUAACAAUCUAAAGCAGCACAAAGCAAAUCUUGUAUCAUUCGAAGAAGAUCCAAGUUUACUACUUACUUCCCAGUGCCCAGAUCACGAUCAACCAUUGGACUAUUACUGUGAUGAUUGUGGACUGGUGGUGUGUUAUGGGUGCACUGAAGAGGAGCACAUGUCUCAUAGCUGUGGAAAGAGUGUUAAAUUCCUGCUAGAGGACCUUGCUCACUUGGAGAGCUUGAUUCAACCUGCACACCAAUUUGCAGCUCGUGCUGAGAAAGCUGUGGAGCAAUUGUCGCAAGAUCAGGAGGCAAUUGAAGCCAAUCAAAAUAUUUGUACGGAUACAGUUCGGGAAGUUUUCAAUCAAUUGAGAAGAGCAGUUGACCAGCGAGAGAAAGCUAUACUCGGCACCAUUGAGAAAUAUGCUGAGACAAAACUGGCUCAAGUGCAGAAAUACAGUAAAUGGCUAUCAGAGAAACAAGAACGCAUUCAAAGAGCAUUAGCUACAGCCUUGGAGCUUGUGGACGAGAUAUACACUGUUCGAAUUAUCACUGAGAAAGAAGAACUGACAGACGAGCUCGAUCAGCAAGAGCAAGGAAUCCUUGACAUUGAAGAAGCUCUAUUUGCUUCCAAAUUUUCCUCAACUUACGUUGGAUUCAAGAACGACAGCACUGUAAAGAUUCAGAAGGAAGUGAACGAGCUAAUCUCUCUGUGCGAGUUCUAUCCUGAUGCUGACUCAGGUUACUACCUCUCUCGUCCAAUUCAAGUCGAAAACGAAGAAGACCCGUACCUUGUGGCAGGUGAAGCUCAGAAAAAGGCUAAGCUUAUUCUUCAGCCAAAGAAAUCGCCAUUGAAGUAUUCGAAAUCGUUUCAAGAUACUCGACCUUGCGUUAUGAAUGUACGAAUCGAGUCCAUUAAAGAACUGACAGAAGAAUCUGAAGAGGACGAUGAUUUACCACCCCAACAUGCUCUUCUUGGUCGCAGACAUUCUACUCCAGGAGGCCUCAAUAGAACUACAAACCAUUUGCCACUUGUGCCAAUCCGUUUCGACUCUCUCAAUGUCCAAACACCCAUCGUUCAACCGACCAAGGUGUUCAACAAACUAAGUCGUUCAAAGACAGAAAUUGUUAACCCCUGUGGAAUCUGUAUUGGCGAGAAUAACUCUAUCGUACUUUCUGAUGUCAAGAACCACUGUUUGAGAAUUAUUGCGAGCAAUGGGAAGUUUAUUGAUUCCAUUGGAAAAGAAGGAAAGAUCUCUUGUGAAUUCGAAGAACCCUGUGCAAUUGCUGUCGACAAAAACAUGCAUCUGCUUGUGCUACAACGUGACAAUCCUCGUGUGCAAAAACUGACCUCAAGCGGUAAAUACCUCUCCAAGUUUGGACAAAAGUCCCUGAGGGGUAGUAGUCUUGGAGAGCCCUGGGGAAUAGCUGUUGGUCCGAACAAGAAGAUCUACAUCAGCGACUGGGAUAGAAAUGCCAUCCACAUCUUUAACAGCAACGGAAAAUACGACAAAACCCUCAACGAAGAGACGAUGGACAUGCUUGGAGAUUUGCUCAAACUACCGGCAGGCAUAGCUGUGGAUCAAGAUGGUAGCUUGCUGGUAGCUGACAGAGGGAGUCACUGUGUGUGGAGACUAGAUCCAAAGGGGAGCAUUCUACUCAAAAUUGGAAGUGAGGGAGUCGGACCCGGAGAGCUCUACCUACCGUACGGAGUGGUAGUUUGCACUGAUGGCUCCAUAGCUGUCAGCGAGUCCGGAAACAAUCGUGUCUCGAUAUUCUCACCUUCUGGGACAUUUUUGAAGCAUUUUGGACAGAAAGGGAACGAGCCUGGAAUGUUCAACCAUCCUCGCCAUAUGUGUAUUACCAAGGAGAAUGAACUGGUUGUUGCAGAUGAACUUAAUGGACGAUUACAAUUGUUCAGUUUAUAAGCUCCAUUGUCAAACAUAGUAACUCUGGCUGCAUGUGUGUCAUGUUAUAAUAAUGUUUGUUCUCACUGAGUGUAUUUCCACCCCAUUAUUGUAAGCUCUUAUACUGAUUAAGUCAACAUGAA